AUGGAAAGCCUGAGCGAGCUUCAGAACCCUCUGCUGGACAAGAACAGCAAGCAAGUGGUCAAAGCUGACUACGGCUACAGGAGUGACUUCCCCAGCAGCCAGUACCAGGAAAACAUCAUCAACUACUUCGUGACCAGCAGCGGAGGCAGAAGUGGAGGAGUCGGAGGAGGAGGUGGUGGAGGAGUUGGAGGUCAAGUUGGGGUCACAUCCACAAACGGAAAGGCUAAAGCUCAGCUCCUGGAUGCCACUUCGCUCCAUCUGGCAGUGGAGGCUUUUUACAAGCCCAACUUCAUCCUCUACAAGGACGAUGUCACCGUCAAGGGCAAGGACUACAAAAACGAAUGCUGUGAGACCACCUUCACUGAAAAGAAAGAGAAGGAGGUGUGCAUAGAGACACCCAGUGCUGAAGAUCCACAGGCGAAACUCCUGGAUGAAAAUGAGGCGAAGAUCCAGACAGUGUCCUAUGAAGUGGAGGAGGAGGAAUAUGUCGAGUAUGAGACGGACUGCUCCAGCGACAGCGAGAGCGAAGACAACUUCAUCGUCAUUCCUCCUCGUGAUCACCUGGGCCUGGCCAUCUUCUCCAUGCUCUGCUGUUUCUGGCCUCUGGGCAUCGCAGCCUUCUACUUCUCUCAGGGGACCAGCAAAGCCGUGACAAAGGGUGACUUCCCGAUGGCCAGCAUCGCGUCCAGACGAGCUCUAUUCCUGGCUGCUCUCUCCAUCACCAUCGGCACCGGGGUGUACGUGGGGGUCGUGGUGGCUCUCAUCGCCUACCUCUCCAAACCGGGUCAUAUAUAG